AAGCAACGCGUCGUCCCGUGUUGAUGUGUCGCAGAUUUGAAAAAGUGAGCCAGGAGAACACUUUGUGCGGCGUGAACCGAGUAACUAGAAGCAUCGGACACUCUGAAGUGGCCCGGACAUACAUUCCCCCCCUUUUAGAACGUGUUUAUUUUCGCUCCUUCUUCCUCUAGUUUUGCCUCAAGAGAGACAGCUUGUUUGGAGCGAGGAUGGAGCUGUCAUCCAUUGGAGACCAAGUGUUCGCAGUUGAGUCCAUCACGAAGAAGCGAGUUCGAAAGGGUAAUGUGGAGUACCUGCUCAAGUGGCAGGGAUGGCCCCCAAACCUGAUGACUGACCUGCCCUUCCAUACUACGAAAGACGGUCAAGAUAAAUGUUUAUGUGUGCUUGUGUGGGCGUUGGCAGGUACAGCACUUGGGAGCCAGAGGACAACAUUUUGGACCCACGCCUAGUCCUGGCCUAUGAGGAGAAUCAGCAGAAGAUCAGAGCCCUGGCCUAUCGCAAGAAAGGCCUUAGACCCAGAAGCCUCGUCCUGCGGAACAUCUUCGCUAUGGACCUGCGGAGCGCCCACAAGGCCCCAGACAAACCUCCGUCCAGGCUGCGCCUCUCGCUCACGCGUGCCAUGAGCACGGACGUUGACCAAAGUGAGCGGGGAGGUGCCUACUGUCGCCCAGCGAGGAGAAGGAACAAACAGCUGGCAUCCAAGCGGAGGUCAAGUGUCCGCUCAAACAGAGCAGUUGAGGAGAAGAAGGUUGAUGAAUGGGAAGACACCAGCGAAGAAGAGAAGCAUGAGUCGGAAAGCACCGCAGAGGAGCGACAGGCAGACAGUUUAUAUGGUCAUUCUGAGUGCAGCUCGCCCCCCGUUUUGGAGCGACAAGACUUGGAAAUGGACGUGGAGGAGAACAGCGACAAAACGUGGUCGGACCCACAAAAACAAGGCGCGGCAACAGUUGCGUGUGAGCAAUCAAAGGACAACGCCUCGCCGCUUGAUAACGGUGAAGCGGAUGUGGUUACAGAGGGCAACAGGUCAGAAAGCGACAUGUGUGAGGAAGAAGCGCAGUCGGGGCCUGAGUGUCCCGGCGCACACCUGACAGACAACACGACCUCGGCAACAGCGGGCGGAGGAGACGCGGCGGCCCACAAUCAGAACAUUAUCGCGACAACUCCAUCAGAGCAUCCUCGGAAGGUGAUCAUGACCGAGGUGACCAUCAAUUCACUGACGGUGACUUUUAAAGAGGCCGCGGUGGCAGAGGGCUUCUUUAAGGACUGCUAGGUCAUUUAACAACAACAAUCUGACUCGCCUCUCAUUUUUUAAACAUGUAAAUAGUCAUGGACAUACCAUGUUUAUUUACAAAGAUACACUCCUGCUGACAAGGCAAUAUCGCCUCUGAACUGGAAAAAAAAAAAAAGUGGUGAUUUAUAGUGUUGAACCGAUACACAUCGAUACCGAUACGGCACUUUUAAUGUCGUCGACGAGUACUAAAACAUAACGUGCCGAUGUGCAUUAUGUACUUUUCAAGAUCUAGUUUCCAAACCAAGAAGAUCCAUUCCUGUGGCGUCCAAUCACCCUUCUGCUGUGAAUUUAAAUGAAUUUCGCACUUGUAGACAUCUAAUCCAUUUGAGGUGGAUUGUGGCAGCGAAUGAACGUUCAUUUGCUGCCAUCUCCCUACUUCAAAUAGAUUGGACGUCCACCGCCGUCAAUGGCAGACAAGUUGAGCGUUGUCUGACAAAGCCAUGGUAGCAAUUGCUUUACGGUCAAGUUAGUAGGCUUUAAUGUUAAAAGAAAAAAAAAUGUAUGCAGUGAUCCCUCGCUAAUUCGCCUUUCUAACCUCGCACUCUUAGUCCAUUGUGGAUUCCCCCCCCAAUUAAAUAAAGUAUUUUAUUUAAAAAGAUAAGAUAUAAGCAUAUAUACAUGUCGUACACAUUUAUAAACAGUAUUAUAUCAUAAUAAUUACCAGUGUUGCUUUUCUUACCUUAAAACAGUAAUUAGUUACAGCUACAUAUUACUUUUCCCAAAUUUCCAGUAAUUGAGUUCGUAAUUCAGUUACCUCACUUUAAGAGUAAUUAGUUACUCAGCACACUUUUCAUGUUCUACACGUUAUUACAUAAUACGUUCUAUAACAUCUUUCACAUCAAAGAUAUUUGUAUUAACGGAUUGAAUUGAACGGAUUUUUUCAUUAAAAAAAACGUAAGUCACGGUUUUUACAUUUUAAAUUUUCACCUAUAUACAGUGUACAACAAAAGUGAGUACACCCCUCGCAU